CGGAUGCCGAAUGACCGAAGUCGGGCUUGGUCGAAGCGGAGGACUCGGAACUCUGAAUGAACACCUGUCAGCAACUCAUGCGCCGCUUGUUCCGUAUCUGAUUCGGACAGACUGGUGGAUUUCGUGUAGUCGGGGGUUCACCCGGCCAGAGUGUUUGGAACCAUGCCGGUACGUACGGAGCGCUGUCCCGGCUCCUUUGCGGCCUGCUUGUCCUCGGCCUCGCUUGUUCCUCCUCCGCCGAUCAACACGCAGCAACCCGGGGUCGCAACAUCGCUUCUGUACAGCGGCUCCCAGUUCCGCGGCCACCAGAAGAGCAAGGGGAACUCCUACGACGUUGAAGUGGUUCUACAGCAUGUCACCAUGGAGGACUCGUACCUGUGUGGGUACCUCAAGAUCAAAGGCCUGACAGAGGAAUAUCCCACCCUCACUACUUUCUUCGCCGGCGAGAUCAUCAGUCAGAAACGUCCUUUUCUAACUAGGAAGUGGGACGCAGAUGAGGAUGUUGACCGCAAACACUGGGGAAAGUUCCAGGCAUUUUAUCAGUAUGCAAAAAGCUUUAACUCAGACGACUUUGACUACGAAGAACUAAAGAACAGUGACUUUGUCUUCAUGCGAUGGAAGGAGCAGUUUUUAGUUCCAGAUCACACAAUUAAAGACAUCAGCGGUGCUUCCUUUGCUGGUUUCUACUACAUCUGCUUCCAGAAGUCAACAGCUACUAUUGAGGGUUUCUACUACCACAGAAGCUCUGAAUGGUACCAGUCACUAAACCUCACCCACGUUCCUGAACACAGUGCCCCCAUCUAUGAGUUUCGCAAAAAUACAUUUUGGCAAAGGCAGCACACUGAAACCGAUGGUAACCUUCUUGAAAGCAUUAAGAAGUCUGAUAUGGAGGAGAAAAGAUAUCCUGUUAACGUUCGUCUUUUAGGAGUGAUGCACAAGGAGACGAGCAAACUCUACAUGGCCUCUGUCCUUUGGUCUGACCAAAAUGAGAUCAUUAUCUACAGAAAGCUCGAGGACUUCAAAACAUUGCAUAAUCAGCUGAAGAAGAAAUUCGCACCUUCAAACUAUCUGCAUAAGUCAGAAAAGAUUGUUCCUAAGUUUAAAGCUGUCUGGGUAAAGAGAGGCAUCCAGAAGAAGAGGUUUAGCAGGUCCUUGCUGAGGUUAAAGCCGCUAGAGGAAUACUGCACGGCUCUACUAAAUGCUGAUCCACGAGUCUCACAAAGCUUAGAGCUCGUCCAGUUUCUGCUUCCCAGACCAGAUGACCUGAAACCUGAAUUCUCCCAGAACAGCAUUAUGGUCAUGCCAUCAGAGGAGUCUCUGGGCAGCCCUGGCAGAAAAAUAUCUGAGACUGAAGUAACCCAACCAUUCGUGACCCAGACUUACAGGUGCAUUGGACCCUACGAGACUAAGGACACGAAGAACCGUCCAUUCAAGGUUGAAGUGGACGAGCCUGUGGACGUUCUCAUCAAGGACAAAGGAGGAUGGUGGUUGGUGGAGAACGAGGCUAAAAGCCUCGCCUGGUUUCCUGCUCCAUACCUGGAGAAGGUUGAAGCAGAUGACGAGUUCAAUGAUCAGUCAGAUGAUGAAAGUGUUCUCUACGUUGCUGCUAAAAGUUACAAAUCCACGAACAUAGAUGAACUCUCUGUGGAGAUUGGCACAGUGGUUGAGGUGCUACAGAGAUCAGACAAUGGAUGGUGGUUAGUCCGGUACAACUGUAAGACCGGAUACAUCCCUGCCAUGUACCUUCAGCCAUACAUUCACCCACGGGUACGCAUGAUUGGUGCCAGAAGAGACAGUUCUUCUUCGAACCUGACUCAGUUCCAGGUCCCACUUUGCACUUCUCUGCAAACCCCUGGUCACAGGCUCAGCCUUUCCCAGUGCAACCUUCUGCAGGUUCCAGGAGACACCUUGCAUCACAUGAACAAGGCCAAAUCGCACUCGAUGGAUGUCCUCCCAGUUCAGGGUGCUCUACCCACCAUCGAGGUGCAGCCUGCGGAGGACAACAGGGACAGCAGCUCCACGAGCAACGAGUCCCUCUGCGCGAGCAGCCCCAAGGACAUUCGACGCUGUCGUACGCCACCGCCUACCUCCCUGGGUCUGAACGACGGCAUCGAGGGCCAGAUGACAUCGAGCACCUCGGAGCCUAAUGUGUUCAAAUCUCCUGAUACACCCAAGGUUCCACCACGGCCUCAAGCGCAGGAGAUCCUGAAUCGCUGCACCACUGUUACACGCAAGAACGCCACAAGGAACCAACUUGGGGUCGUCCAUUGCCGUUAAAUGCCACUCUGAGAGUGAGAAUCGUGUUUUUUAAGGCAUGUACGGGUGUUGGGCUGUUGUGUGCACGAAUUAGAUAUUUUGUUUGGUUUUGCUAUGUACUCUUUCACACAGGAAAUAUAUCUGCUAAGUAUUUUCCAAGGACAGCUGUAAUCUUUGUUUUUGCACAUGAAGUCUGCUAGAAGAGAUGGACGCACUAAUAAUGCACUGUUAUUAUGUAGGAAACACAAUGCUGAAGUUAUUUCUACGAUGGUAGAGGCACGUUUUAUAGUUGUUGUAUGCUAAAUCUACUGUAUAUUAGGAUAUUAUUUGACCUAAAAUCAAUAUAUUUUUCUAUACUAUAUAUAAAGUGGUACACUGUAUACAUUAUUUAUUAGAAUUUAACUGAU